AUGGUCGGCUCCAACUUGCCUUUGUUUUUGGUCCUAGCUUCGUUUGGCCUAUCCGGAAGCUUCUUCUAUUCCGUCCACAAUCAUUUAAACUAUUUGGAGCAGUUAGGAACACAUUCGAAUCCCGUCGUUACUUCUAUAUAUUUACAGGGUUCAUCUACCGGUCGUAUCCAAAUGUCUUUAGAUGUGCUUUUGAAAUGUGAUUUUUCUGAAGCAGAAUUACCUUUUGAUUGGAUACGAAGCGUUCUGUUUUCUAUUCCGUCAAACGUAAAGAUUGUUAUCAUCGGGGUGCAGACUAGGAUGCUUGUUUUUGGAGAGUUAUCUCGGAACACUGAAGAGUUUGCCCUACUUGGUGAAUUGAAGUUUCAAAGUUGCAUCAAAGCAAUUAGUUGUUUGCAUUUUUCUUCUUUCAGAAACAGCAGUGAUGCUAGACGUGGAUCAAAUGUUUACGUUGUUGGACUUGAGAAUGGUGAACUAUUAUUUCUACAUGAGGAUAAUAAAAUUCUUCUGUGUAUCAAAACUGGAUUUGAUUCUGUUAGAUCUAUUCAUUUGACUUCAUGUGGUGAAAAUUUAUGUGUUUUACAUAAAACGACAAUUAUUUACUUUAAUCUUGACGAUGUGGAAGGUGUUUUAUCAAAUAGCUUCACUUACUUGUCAGAUUGUUCUCUCCAGUCUUAUGGAAACACUACUUUUCAGAACACAAUGAUAAUUCGUUAUCGAUCGUUGACAAUUCCAACUGAUGGUGAAAAUACAUAUUGUUCUUGUUUGUCCAAAUAUCAGAUGGGGAUUUUCGAUUCAUUGGUUCGGAGAUUCGCUUUUGAAUCACAAUUGUGCGAUGACAAGAUGUGUGUUUCACCCAUUCAGACUAGGUGGAUAACAGCUGGCUCUAAUCCUUUCAUCAGCUUCAGCUUUUUAAAUGAGAAUGCAAACCCUGAAGUCUCUCAUUUUGCAUCUUUUGUUUAUCAAGAGGCUAAACGUGCCAUGUUCGGGAUCAAAAAAUACUCUAAUAAUGAUUCAGAACCGUUAGUUGUAACAUGGCCACAACGGAAAGAUGUCUUUACAUAUCCCACUGCUAUGUGUACUCCUUUUUCGAAAACCCCUUUGAGUUUGUCUCAUGGACUGGCUGACAGCCGUCGCCAUAUAUUAUCUUCCGGUGUCGCUAUUUCACCUGACCAUCAUUGGUUAGCGAUUCCCGAUAACCUUGGAAGAGUUCUUCUUGUGGAUGCUUAUAAAGAACGUGUUGUACGUAUGUGGAAGGGUUACAGAGAUGCUGAAGUUGCUUUUCUUGAAGUAUCUGACUCUGAAACUCCAUACACUGGCUAUCGUAAUAAACCAAAUAAUUCUGUUAGAAAGACACUUUGUCUAUUAAUUCAUGCACCGCAUCUUCAUUCAUUGGAACUUUGGUGUCUCAUUCAUGGACCACGUAUUGUUUCAUGGGAUGUUGUAGAACCAGUUCGCCUUAUUCAAACUGAGCGUCAAAAUUACAUAAAUACUACUAAAUCAAAUGAAUUCAAUUUAAAUUACUAUCAAGUGGUUUUACUUGACUCAUCUGGAUCCAUUUAUACAAUUGGCCUAAACGCAGGCUUGUGUUUAUCAGAUACUAAUACAGAAGCAGCUGUAGACUAUCAAGAAUAUAAAAUUCUUCAGAAACUCUAUAAAACCUUGGAACAAUAUAGUAAUAACUUAAUAUCAGAUAUGUGCUGUUCCUAUGUAACUGAUCUGCUGGUUGAAUUCCGGACAACUCAGUGGUUUCAAAGAGCACUUAAUUAUUUACUAAGUUAUCCAGAUCUUAAUCCCCAAAUGAUUUUGAACAUUGUAACACUGUAUAUACAGUUACUGGAAAAAGGCAAUAAUACUAAUACUCAGGCGAAUAAAAUAAAUGUUAGAAUUUGUUCAAAUGUUAAGGAUUUAGUCGAUUUCUAUCUUAACUUUUAUUCAUUAUAUGAUAAUACAAAGGAAGUUAAGAAGUUGGAAUUCACCGAAACAUCACAUAGAACAUGUGUAGAGUUUAUAGCUGAUCUUCUAUGUUGUGACCUUGAAGAUGCUGAGCACUGUUUACAGUUGUAUACUGUUUGUGGUUCAAUUCUACCUAGUAGUUCCAGUUCUGUUGGGAAACCACUUUCUAUACAAAUGUUUCUUAACUCAUUCCGAUAUGCGUUCAUUUCAAAUAAUGAAAAUGAAAAUGCGUCCCAAUUUUCACCAGAGUAUAAAACGAAAUGUGCGAAACAGUAUCACCUACCAAUAAUUCGUUCAGAUAAUUGUCGUAAAACACUAACAGAUAUCGGGUCAUUUAUUUUAGACCUUAUAUCGAUGGUUACAAAAUUUCACUUCUUUCAAACAAUUAUUGAAUUAUCUGAUUUGGAUCCUAAAUUACUCUUGUUCUCUUUCACCUUGUUCAUGUUGAAUGAAGAUAACUACUUAAAUUUACCAAUUUUAAUUGAUCGAAUACAUCACAUGUAUUGUUAUAUAAUUUAUCGAAUUCUAGUUGAAUUAUUAUCGUUACCACCUGAGGAAGUAAAAGAAGAUGGAGAUGAUGAUGGUGAAGAAAACAGAGAUCAGGAAAAGUGCAUGAGUGGGGAUUUAAAAAAUGAAAUAAAUUUUCUUGAUUUUCUUGAUAUAAAAUAUACUAAAUCAAAACAGCCUUAUUUAGUGUUAUUCGAAUUAACAUUUAAACAAAUAUACAGUUACUGUUUGGAUAGUUAUCAUUUAUCAUCUGCUUAUUUAAUUGCAUUAGUAACGCGUUGUAUACUCUUGCAAAUAUGGCAAACAUUUGAAUCGGAAGAAAAUAUUUUGAAAGUUUUAUAUAAUUAUACACAACGCUCAGAAUUCACAUUACACAGUUCUUUGGAAAAGUUCAAUGAAAUUGGUAAUGAUUCUCUUAGUCAAGAACUUGAUUUUAAGAAAAAUACAAUUGAUUCUGAACUUCAUUCUUUAAAAAUACCAUCAAAAUUGUUAGGUUAUUUUACAUCAAAUUUACAACAUCUCGUUGAUAAAUGGCAUCAAACUUGCGCUCAACUUGAAGAUAUAUUAACUGUUGGACUGAUUCUGUUAUGUCCGAUGAAUCCAAAGAAAGAGCUCCAAGAUUCUCAUCAUUCUCAUCCAUAUGUUUUUCAUUUUAAUUUGCGAUAUGUUUUAACUCAUGGUCGUUCCUAUUUAACUGGUGUAUUCUCAUCCUGGAUUGUAAAAAACAACAUUACACCUGAACAAGUUUUGAGUUUCUAUCAAAGGAUCUGUGCAAAAUCAUUACCAGUUGAAGAUGAAAGCGCAAACGAUUUAAUCACUUGUGAUUCAGCUCAUAUUAGACAAGUCAUUUUCUCACUGGCCUAUAAACGUCUUCCUUUCACAUUGGAAUUGGAUACUAUUCUAUCAACUGUUUGUUGGAUUCAUUUUCAAUGUUGGCUUAAUAAACUAGAACAUAUAAAUCAUUUGAUAUCUUGCAUUGAAUUUAUCAGUCGAUUUAGUUCAGCUGGUACAAUGAUUGCUCAGGGCUUAGGAACAAUGAUAUGGAAUAAAGGUCUCAUAAAUUGGAUUAAACCGAUUCUGGCUAUUGGAAGGGGUGAUAAAACACUUGAUAAAUGUCGUGAUAGUUUUCCACAUAUAUUGGAUGUAGCCGUAUGCUUAAUUGAUUUCAUUCGAAUAUAUUCGAAUAAGUUCAACGGAUGCUUGCCACGUGCUGAAGUGGUACCAGUCUUUUCAGUAGAAUCUGAAUGGAGUGACUUCGACACUUGUAAUAAUGAUAAACCUUUUCCAUUCAAUGACAAAGCAUUUGAGGACAAAUCGUCUGUGGAUUUAGAUGCUCAAUCUCCAAUUUUUAAUGACAAUGCUGCAAAGAAUAUGUUUACUGAAGUCUCAACUGGUGAUUCAUGUAGAAAAUGUUUAGUUCAAGAUGCUGUCAAUCAACCUGUUCCUAAUAUGCUUUCAAUAAUUUCAUGGGAACAACUUAUUAUUGUUGCAUCAUCUUUCAUCACAUUCGGUAGACCUGAGAAAUUUGACAAAUCUAAUCGACAAACAAUCGAUAUGAAAUUCUAUUCACCUAUUGACUUUUUCCCAUCACAAGAUUUACAUAUGAUAUUGUCACCUGAUAAUCCAAACUGGGUUAGCACAGGUGUUGGAAACAAUGUUGAUGAUGAUUUAGUAAUAAGGCGACGCUUUUUCCUCUAUUGGUUAAUUGAAAAAUGUGUUGCACGUCUUUCAUUGUUACCUAAUUCACAACGUUGUGCAACUCCAUCAUUCAUUACAGACGAAAAUAUAAUCUGUUCAGUUAAUCAUCAAUCUGAUUGCACUUUUAGAGCUGUAGAUAUUUAUGAUCGAUUUAGUUCUGCUGCCUUUACUUUGGCUAACCAUUGGGGUUUUCCAAAAGAUACUGUAGUUAUACAACAUAUAGUAUCCUUAUUUGAAGCUAAUCUAGAUGAUCAAGCUGAGCUUGUAAGUUUUAUAGUCUUUUUCUUAGUUAUGUAAUAAAUCUGUUAUAAAAAUCGUAAAGAAUUCGUAGCUCACAUUUGACUAUAUAAUAUAGAGUUAUCAAGCUGGAUUCGAAUUAAAAUUGUUAUUUCUUAAUACAAAUUUGCCCAUUAUUUAUGUUAUUGUUAUAAUUGAAUAUACUGUCAUUUUAUUCAAACUGCUUAAGUCUGUCUUUGUACACUUCGUACGUACGUAAUAAUGUAAUUACAAUUAGUUUUUUAUAUCUUCCUUGUCCACUCAAGUUGACACAAAACUGUAACAGGUCACAUCUUCAUCAGGUUGAUAUCUGUAGACACUUGUACACAAAGAACGUAAUCCUCAUACAGAUAUAUGUUACUGCUGAAUCUUCCACAACAACACGUUCGCAACGCUAUUUUCUCAUAUGAUUUCCAGAGAAUUUUUUACCACCCUCCCCCCCCAAAUAAAAUAGAACAUCAAUGGUUUACUUUCAAGGUUAUUUUGUUUACAGAAAUCGCCCAACGUGCAUAUGGUUUACAGUAAUCUUGUAAAGCUCAUAGGAGUGACACUAAAAUUAAUGACGUAUAUACACAAACAAUCUGAUUCUAAGUAGGAUUUGGAUGUAUUAGCCGCUAUAUUUUCCUGCAAAGUAUAACUUGGGGUGUAUACAUAGGCACACGUAAGUCAAUGGAUAAAUAAACUUUUGGAGACUUUUUUAUUCGUUAUUUCUUGCUUCACAUUCAGUAAGUUCCCAUCUUAAUUCUUAAAUGACUCAAUGUUCAUUACUUUUAUUCGCCAAUGUUAUCUUGUUUUCAACCCUAAUAUUUUUUAAUUACUAAUGGUAGUUUUAUCAAAAGUUCAAGACCCUAGUAAUUUGGCUGUCCGAUUAUUGUUCAUUGUGGGACGUCGUGUAGCUGAUCGAUGUUAUGGUCCAGGAUGUAAUAAUACAAAACAACGACUACGUUUACGCGUAUUCAUUCCACUGACAAUUGAAGCAUGGCUUCGUGGUCUAUUACCACCGAUUUCAAGUUUGCCUGAUAGUCAACAAAUUAAUGAUCAUGACUCUCAACUCACUUCAUCUACAACAGACGUGACAAGAUUGACAUUUCUUAUUGACUAUGUAAUACAACAUCUACCACAAUAUGCAAGCCAAUUGCCUAUAGCUGAAGAACUACGAGAUAUUAUUCAAGCUAUUGUACAAUUAGAUACAGAAUAGUAUUCCUUUCUCUUUUUCUAAUCAUAUAUGCAAGAAUC